AUGGUUCCAGGGAAGAGGUUCGACAGGUACCACGAGCUGGGCCAGCACGCAUUUGGAGAGAAGCUUGGACUAUGGAUUGUGGUGCCACAACAGCUAAUUGUUGAAGUAGGUGUGAACAUUGUGUACAUGGUGACGGGAGGAAAGUCAUUGAAAAAAAUCCAUGACCUUCUUUGCACCGAUUGCAAAGAGAUAAGAACUAGCUUUUGGAUCAUGAUCUUUGCUUCCGUGCAUUUUGUUCUAUCUCACCUUCCUAAUUUUAACUCCAUAUCUGGUGUCUCCCUCGCUGCAGCCGUUAUGUCCUUAAGCUACUCAACAAUUGCUUGGGGAGCCUCGGUGAAGAAAGGGGUUCAACCAGAUGUAGACUACACGUUUAGAGCCACGACGAGUUCAGGAAAAGUGUUCAACUUCAUGAACGCACUAGGAGAUGUCGCAUUUGCAUACGCUGGUCAUAAUGUGGUGUUGGAGAUUCAAGCUACUAUUCCUUCAACUCCCGAGAAACCAUCUAAGAUCCCAAUGUGGAAAGGAGUG